AUGGCACAACAAGAACAAAUUAAUGGAAAUGGUGCUGCAGAUUUAGAUUUGGAUGAUUCAAAAAAACAAGGAACACGAGUGUUCAAGAAAAGUAGUCCUAAUUCAAAGAUUACAUGUUAUCUUGGAAAAAGAGACUUCAUCGAUUAUAUGGAUCAUAUAGAUCCAAUCGAUGGAGUUAUUCUCGUUGAUCCAGAAUAUGUUAAAGAUCGUAAAGUUUAUGCAUCUGUAUUAGCAGCAUUUCGAUAUGGUCGAGAAGAUCUUGAUGUACUUGGUUUAACUUUUCGUAAAGAUUUGUUUUGUUCAACACAACAAAUUUAUCCUCCUAUUGAUGAUCAAAAAAAAUCUUUAACACAUUUACAACAACGUCUUUUAAGAAAACUCGGACCAAAUGCAUAUCCAUUUUAUUUUGAAAUUCCUCAUAGUGCACCAGCUUCAGUAACACUCCAACCAGCUGCUGGUGAUACUGGAAAACCAUGUGGUGUUGAUUAUGAAUUAAAAACUUAUGUGGCUGAAACAAAUGAAGAUAAAUCACAUAAACGAAGUUCUGUUAGAUUAGCUAUAAGAAAAUUAACAUAUGCACCUGAAAUUCCAGCACCACAACCUGUUAUCGAGGCUCAUAAAGAAUUUAUGAUGUCACCUGCACCAUUACAUUUAGAAUGUACACUUGAUAAAGAGAUGUAUUAUCAUGGUGAAAGUAUUAAUGUGAAUGUUGUUGUUACUAAUAAUUCAAAUAAAACGUUACGAAAAAUUCGUAUAGCUGUUGUACAAAAUGCAGAAAUCUGCUUGUACUCAUCAACACAGUACAAAUGUGAUGUAGCUGUACUUGAAUCGAGUGAAGGAUUUCCAAUAACACCAUGUUCAAAUUUAACAAAAGUUUAUUCUUUAACACCACUUCUAGCAAAUAAUAAAGAUAAAAGAGGUUUAGCAUUAGAUGGAAAAUUAAAACAUGAAGAUACAAAUUUAGCUUCGUCGACUAUAAUUCGACAUAAUACACAAAAAGAAAAUCUUGGAAUUGUUGUGCAAUAUAAAGUGAAAAUAAAAAUAAUUGUUUCGAUGGGAGGAGAUCUAGCUGUUGAAUUACCUUUUACAUUAACUCAUCCAAAACCUCCUCCAACACCUUCGCCAUCGAGACAAUUUGAUCAACAAAAUCCAGAUGAUCAACAAGCAAUUGAUGUACCUAUUGAUCAUAAUUUAAUACAACUUGAUGCAAAUUAUGAUAGUGCUGGACAUGAUGAUGAUUUCAUAUUUGAAGAAUUUGCUCGAAUACGUCUUAAAGGUCAUGAAGGUGGAGCUGAUGAUACUGAAGCUUAA